UGAGCGGCUUGAUGGGUUAGUUAUGAAUCAGAUAGCCGUGCAGGCGGAAUUGUGUCAAAGUCUGCGGCCAGUUUUGUUUAUGGAGAAAGGAAAAGGAAAGUAAACACAUUUAAUCUCAUCACACGGAGCAGUGAAUCUCUUCGUACCUGCUGUUUGUAUAUACGCUGAGCUGAACAAGGAUGUAUCCAACCUCCUGCGACACAUUUGUAGCCUUGCCUCCAUCUACAGAGGGUCAGCGGAUAGUCUUCGGGAAGAACUCGGACAGGCCCUGCGAUGAAGUUCAAGAGGUGGUCUACUUCCCUGCCAAAGACCAUGAACCAGAAGAAAAAGUCCAGUGUACAUAUAUAGAGAUCGAGCAGGUGGCUCAGACGCAUGCAGUGGUCCUGAGUCGUCCCGCCUGGCUGUGGGGGGCAGAGAUGGGGGCGAACGAGCAUCAGGUGUGCAUCGGGAACGAGGCGGUUUGGGGGAAAGAGAGUGUGGACGGUGAAGAGGCUCUCCUGGGCAUGGAUCUCGUCAGGCUGGCUCUGGAGCGGGCCGACUCUGCGGAGCACGCUGUAGACGUGAUAACAGAUCUGCUGGAGAAACACGGCCAGGGAGGGAACUGUAUGGAGGAUGAGUGUGGACUCACCUACCAUAACAGCUUCCUCAUAUCAGACCGUACCGAGGCCUGGGUGCUGGAGACUGCUGGGAAGUACUGGGCAGCAGAGAGAGUGAAGGCCGGUUAUCGGAACAUCUCCAAUGAGUACUCCAUCGAGACGAAGAUCGAUAGGGAGCACCCGGAGCUGAGGACGUACGCAGAGAAGCAGCGCUGGUGGAACGGAAAGACUGAGUUCAACUUUGCUACGGUUUACUCUUACUCCAAUACAGCCCGGAUCGAGGCCGCAAACGGACGCCGCUGCGAGGGACGCAAGCUUCUGCAGAAGAGCCAAGGCCACAUCAAGGCAGAGACGAUGAUGGAGAUUUUGAGGGAUAAGGAAAGCGGGAUCAACAUGGAGGGGUUGUUCAUGACCACAGGAAGUAUGGUGUCUGUCGUCCCGAAGGACCAGAACUUACCCGGCGUCCACUUCUUCACUGCUACUCCGGACCCUGAGCGGUCUGUCUUCAAGCCGUUUAUUUUUGUAGUGGACAUAAAGCAGCUGAAGCACACGUGUUCUCCGUGUUUUGGAGAGGAGGAUCCCGUGAAGAAGAAACCCCGUUUCCAGAGCAAACCCAACCGCAAACACCCUCUGUUUCUGAAACACGAGGGGGCCGCCGCCAUCAUCGACAGCGGCGGGGUCAAAGGAGAGAGGAUCGUAGAGAAGAUGAGAGUUCUGGAGAAGCAGAAGUUGACAGAGAUGGAGAAGUAUCUCACUAAAGGGAUUGAAGAUGCAACGCUGCUGGUCCAUCUCUUCACAGACACUGUAGAUGAGGAGUUUAGUAUCUAUAGCAACGCCUGAGACUUAGUUUACAAUUAAAAACAUGAUUAGAAUUAAUUGGAUUGUUGGGUGUUUCUUCAGCUCUGGGCACUUUUGAUCACUAGCUUCACUAAAUUGCAGAUUGAUUGCAGUGGAGGCAUAAUAAAAAUAUUCAUAUGUCUCAAAAUAUAAUUUCUAGCUCUUCACUGAUGCUAAUUGUAUUUUAUACUGGUACUAAACUAUAUUUAUAUAACAUAAAUUCAUUUUGUCUGAUAUAAUCAUCGUUUACCUUUUCAAAGUUCAAAGUUUAAGUUUAUUCAGUCUGGUAACGCUUUACGAUCAAUGCAUUAAUUAACAUUAUGAGCUAUAGAUUUGUUACAGCAUUUAAUUAUACUUUUUUGUUAAUUUUAGGUAAUAAAAAUGCAACAGUUCAUUGUUAGUUUAUGUCAGAUCAAGUUGUAAAGGUUAAAUUUAACAAACUAAAAUUGAUAAUUCUUUGAUAGUUCAGGUUAGCAAAUGUAGUUAAAAAAUAUAUAUAUAUAUAAAGACAAGUGUAAAACUAAAAUCUAUAUAUAAACAUCUUAAAAUUAACAAAUCUAAAUGAAGGCAUGGUUAACAAAAUCCCAGAGAGUUCUUUUAUACAGCUUCAUAUUUAAAACCACUCAACCCCUCAGACAUAAAAGAUCCCAAAGUUGAAUAAACACCCUUAUACUGUUGCCAAGAGCUCAAUCAUUUCGGCUCUUCCUGUAUGUUUGGAUAUCAUUAGAAAUGAUUGUACAGAGGGCAGUAAUAUAUUUGAACUUGUUAAUGGUUUAGUCUCAUUAUUCUCGUUUCUGAAAUGUUACUUAACUAAUGGUAUGUUUUUACCGUUUUAGCGUUGAUGUCAAAGAUCUUAACUGGGAGGUUUAAAUGCUGUCUCUCAUGCUUUAUGUCCACGUGUCAUGAAAUCCAGCGCCAGUUCCAGUCGUUUUAAUUAGACAAUGUCUUUAUGAUGCACAGAUAUCCUAUGCACUCAACAAACACUUAAAGCAAACUGAUUAAUCCAGAAGGAUUCACUUUGAGAAAUGUUUGAUUGUGUGAACAUUAGGUUUCCAGGACCUUCUGACCCUCCGCUCUAUUAAAGUAGAUCUAUUUAGAAAAUAAAUCCCACGCCACAAACACAAUGAGCAAGGCUUUAUUGUUGUUUCAUGGAGUUCUGGUUUCAGUAAAACAACUCAAUAUUGUUGUUACAUCUGAUAAAUAAACAACUGUGCUGAAAGUGUUA